GCAGCCGGCCGAGCAGCCCGAGCCGGCCGCGCCGGCGCAGGUGCCCGACGUUGCCGAGCGUCCCGUCGAGCGGAAGGUGCGGUUCCGCUCCUCCGACGCCGGCGACACGGACCUGCGGCGCGCGAUCGAGCUCAGCCUGAUGGAGCGGCAGGCGUCCGGCAGCGUGGCGGCUAGCGGCAUCUCGCGCGAGGAGCAGGAGAUCGCCAAGGUCCUGGAGGCCAGUAUAGCCGACCAGAACGCCGGCUCGAAACGGAAGCGGGGCGCCCCCUGGGUGGACUCGAUCAACCCCCAUGACUGGAGGAGAGAGGGCAACUGGCCGGUGGGGCUCAAGAACGUGGGCAACACGUGCUGGUUCAGCGCCGUCGUGCAGUCGCUGUUCCACCUGCCGGCCUUCCGCGGCCUGGUGCUGCGCUACCGGCCGGUGGAGCGAGAGCGGACUUCGCCGGAGGAGCAGCGCACAGCCCAGUUCAUGCUGGAGCUGCGGCGGCUGUUCGCGCUGCUGGUGGCCUCUGAGAAACGCCACGUCGACCCGAGGGCCGCCGUGGAUCUGCUGAAGAAGGUGCUGGACGGCGGUGCGACCGACUCUCAGCAGGACAUCUCAGAGUUUACGCACAAGGUAGCCGCAUGAGCAGUCGUGUUCGGGACAAUGGCUUUGGUUAGGUUUUGCUGAUUAUCUUGUUGGUGUCGUAGGAAUAACUAGGUAUUUAAGUGCACAACAUGAAU